GGUGGGUGGAUGACAAGAGAAUGUUUUACAGGGCUUCAAGGAGAUGGAUAUGGACGUCAUUGGCGACUUCCAUUACGCAGAAGAUGAGUUCAAAGGUCCUGAUGAUAACCUAAGUGAUUUGGAAGAAACAGAGACAGGAACUCCUGAUAAAGAAGAGGCAGAAGAUAAGGAUGAUGAGGAACUCAUGGAGAAUUUCAACUUCCUAUCAUCUCGAGGGCUUAUGAAGACGAGUGGUGAGAACGCAGGUAUCAGUGAAGCAGGUACAGCACCCCCCAUUCCCAGUGAAAAUGACGAGCAAACCUCAGGACCACCAAGCCCGCCUCAGGGAGAGACACUACCAGAACCUACAGCACAAAGCUAGUUUCCAGACAAGGCUGAGGAGUGGGAGAGUUGAGGAUGUAAAAAGCAAGUGGAACAGCCACAACAGCUCAGGACUGCGAUGCCUGAAACGUACUUCCAAUUCAAAAUGCUCUCGAUAACCUCACAGAAACUCCCAUGGAAUUGCUUUUGUUUAGUUUUGUAUUAAUUGUAAUGGAUGUUGUAUCGACACAAACCACCCAGCAGUCAUCGUUUCAUGAAUAUUAAAGAGUUCCAGUGGCUUAGUGAAAAGGAAUCCAGACUUCGCUUGUACGUGGUCGAGUUUCAAAUGUUACGGUCUUAAAGGAAAAAAAAAAGAGUGUAUCUGUGGAAUUAAGGAUAGAUUUGGUUUCAUUGAGCAACAUUUUUAGAUGUAUUAUGCAGAUUAGGGGAAUGUGCCUAGACAAGUUACACAGGAGGGUGGAGAUUUUUUUUUCCCCCUUUUCGCAUACUGGGUAAAUUGCCAAAUCGUACUUGUUUAGAUAUUUUAUUCAAUGCCCUGUUGCUCAUAAAACAGUAGUAUUCUUUAUUGGUUUUUAAUGACUAGGAAAUAUACAGGUCUGAAAAUAGAUCAAAAACAAAUUAUACACGUCCACACUAGUGAUACAACUCCUGUCUUUUCAUUUUCCUUUCUUUCGUCAUUUUUCUUUUUUCUUUCUUUCUUUUUUUUUUUCUCUUCAUUCUCUUUUAGAACUUUUGCAACUGAGAGGAUCAGGAACUGUUUUUGUUCCAUAUAGAUUUUCCUUUUUUUUAUAUGGUUUUGUAUCAGUAGCAAAAAAAAGAAAAUGUGAAUUACAAAGACCCAUUUCACGAUCAUGCAUUAGUUAAGCCAAGUUGAAGAAGUAGGGUUUAGGUUCUUGUGUUAAUCAUUGCUUUGUGCUAUUGAAUCAAGUUGGUGAUACGUGUGUGAUUUUUAUUUGCAUGAGCUCACUAAAGGUAUUAUGUUCAGACUCUCGCUCAACUAAGAGUAAAGCAGAAACAUUCAGAGAUGUUAUUUAGACCCCAAUCAACAGGUCUAGAAGAGCAAUAAUAAUCUAAACAUUCUACUACCGGUGAGGUCCAUUGUGCCGAAGAGAUUCAGCUGAUCCAGAUAACGUGCAACUCUUCUGUUUAGAAUAUUGGCUCCAAGGCAGAUCCUGGAGAUAGCUGACCUAUUCAUUCCACAAUACUUGGAAACCGUUUCUCCUCAAAUUAUGGUUAAAAUGAGGGAUGCAUUUCCUGUCUUCUACGGGUCCCCACUCUGACCAUUUACUCCUUGAAUAUUAUUUCCUAUUCCUGAAUAACAGAGGCACCCCUUUUGAUAUAGGCACUCUCAUACAGAUUUCAAAAACCUCUCCACAAAGAGCAUGAGGUCAGUAAUGUCGUUGCAGAGGUUAACAGUGCACGAUGUCUGUCUGUGAUUGGUGGCAAAUGCCCAGUGUAGCAUACUUUUUAUCUUUGUAGAUAAUAUUAUAACUUCUGAUUUGGUGCUACUGUUUAUUUAUUGAUAGAUAAAUACGACCAUCAGUUAUUUGCCUAGGGUUAAGUAGGGUUCACAAGAGACACUCAGCCUUUCUUGAGAAGUUGUAUUGUACCUUUUUCUGUUGCUUUGUAUAGUUUGAAGAUUAACUGUCAGAAUAUCUUGGAAAGGUUAAACUUCUCCCCAGCUACCUUGUUUUGUGUAUAUUUCCUCUCAUUGAUGCGUACAACAUUCUGGUUGACGAAAGUUGUCAGUAUGGUGGUGUUUCUUGUGCAAAGAUGAAUCCUAAAUGCUCCUAGACAUUUAACCUUCUCCAGGUUUUUCCACUAUCCUUGUUAGUACAGAAGUGUUAGAACAUUAUAGUUUUGGUUAUUAUAAUCAACAGAUCCAGUUUUGGAGUGCUUAUUAUUAGCAUCAUCAGGCCCCUGACCUCUUCAAUUCCAUAUAACUGUUCAAGUAAUACAUGCUUUGGUGCCAGUGUUCAUUAUUUAUGCAUGGUGAAUUGGUGAAAAUGGCAUUCCAGUUUGUCAUUACCAGCAAACUUUUAGAUUUAAGAUUUUUCUUGUGUCAUAUUGGAAAUGGAGUUCUGCUACUUGAUUGGUAUAAUUUUUACAAUAGCAUUCUUAUUGAAAGUGCUUUUGUGUGUAUGGAAGUGUGGUGGCAAUACUCAUGCCAUUAUGAGAUGUACAUAAAGGAUACCUUUAAUUAGAA